AUGAACGAAGGCGGAAAAGUGGCAGCCAACUUCUGCUGGAACAAGAACGAGUACAAGGGCAAUGUAGGCUCUAUUCAAGUACUAGUUCACCUUUCCGAACAUGUGCGAGGCUUCGAUUACAGCUGGAUUCCAUUCCCGCAGGCUGCGUCAUUUGACAAAGACAAGGAGUGGAUUCCAGUGCACGUCAAUAACGACAAAGGAGAUAUCUCAGCGGGCCAGCAGGAUAUGGCGGCAAAGAAAAUAUGCUCGUCGGGCCCGCUUGUGCUAGCAAUACGGUGGUUCUAUGCCGUAAAGCAAGACCCGGUUAUUCGAUUACGGAAUCCCAUCCUAUUUCGCAUCCAACAAAACAUAAUUCGCAGCCAACAAAAUUGACUUCGCCGUUAACAAAACCCUCUAGCUCUUACCGUGACAGCUUCUCGUGCAACGUCUAUCUUCUUCUUCUCUUUCUCCUUCUUGGGCUUGGGGCUAUUGGGUGCCGACUUAUUACCUCCUCUAGUGGCUAGCACAUGUGCGGUAGCAGGAUCGUAGUUUGGAUCUUCUACUUCUUGUAUUCUAAAGUGAAAAUAGUAUGAAAAUG